AUGGCGGAAGGAUUAAAUAAAUCGUUUCCACCAAAAAUCGGCGCAUCGAUUGCGCAGUCUGUUGAUUUUGGCGUGGCAGGUGCUUCAUUGGCUGAGAAUGCUCACCAAGUGGAACCACCUGAAAUCAAGAAGUCCAGAUGGUACCUGCUAUCUUCAUCAUUUCCUCAUGCCAUAGGGGUAGCAGGGAUCAAGUUUAUAUUCAAUGGCGAUGAAAUGAAAAUAAGGAGGAAAUCCUACAUAGAAGACAACGAAGCAGAGUUUGCUGCACUCCUAGAGCAUCUCGCUAAUCGAACAUCACGUAGACAUCAGGAUAUCGAUGCCACAUUUUAUGAUGGAAACCUGAAGUACACCAAUCUCACAGAACUGAGACUCAACGCUGCCCAUCAACUCGACACUAUCGUUUAUGCAACCUUUGGCAAUGAAAAACUUACAGUUGAUAAUUUCUCUCUCGCUCUCUUCGAGUUCGGGGUGUGUUUUACUUUUAACCUCGACAGUACUCAUCGGUUACAAGUACUAAGCCCAGGAGCAACCCACGGUCUAGUAGUGAUUUUAGAUGUUGAGCAGUGGAACUAUUAUCAUCAGGAUAGUCACCCUUCAAGAAUCUCGGCAGGAUUUCAGCUCCAGGCAUUCGACAGUAAAACAAGUACCCCCCAAGUCAAUGACUAUGGGAUCGCUGUUGGACCUGGAACUAAGACUCGUGUUGGUGUCACAGUCCAUGAGACACAUAACAUACCACCUCCACACGGGAAAUGUGGAACGAAAAAGCUGAAGUAUCAUGAUGGUUACAAGGUUAGUCUGUGCCAAUUGGAAUGCAAAACCGAUUUCUUGGUCGCUGCAUGUAAAUGCCGAGCUCCCUAUAUGGCUGGUCCUGAUAGAGAAUGCAAUCCACUGGAGAUAGUCUGCAUGAAUAACGCAAUGGAGGACUUCAAUUCGAAGGCCACUGCUGCUUGCCCAUGCCCCCGACCAUGUGACGUUGUUACGUAUGCUACCACGGUAUCACAAGCCAAGUUUCCGUCAGACUUUUACAGUAAAUUUCUUGCAGAAACACUGACUGAACGGCGGAAUAGAUCUCUUAAUGCUGCCUAUUUCAGCAACAGUAUGUGUCUCAUCAACAUAUUCUUUAAUGAACUGAGUCGGCAAACAAACACUCAACAAGAAGCUUAUGGGUUUUAUAGUCUUCUUUGUGACAUCGGUGGCUCUCUUGGUAUGUGGAUAGGAGGGAGUAUUCUUACCCUCUGCGAGGUUCUCGACAUCAUUGGUUAUUCUAUACACAAGGGAAGAUCGUCUUAAAGCGACACUGAACUUGACUGAAGUGAUGAACCUUCUGCCCUAGCAUACUGUUCACAGCCAUCUAUACACAGAGUUUGGCCAACCCUGUUCGAGUUGUACACAAUAUGGUGACUACUGCUUUAUUGGGCAAGCACAAAACAAAAGAAUAUACGCCAUGUUGUGACCCAGGGAAACCAAGUUGGCUAAACUUUGUAUAUAGAUGGCUCUGGUACUGUUCAUUGCACAGCGUCAUCUCAUGGUCAACUUGCCAACAGUGCGAAACCCAAUAC